CCUUGGAAUAAAGUCGUAAUACCUUUUGUUCUGUUGCUUUCAAAUAUUGGAAGGAAGCCUGCUGCUAGCACCUUCAAGAACCUCCCAGUUCUGCUAUAUAUACAAUCCAAAUUGAACAGCACAGCUCCAUAGCCAUAGCUGAGAUGGGAAAACAACGCACAAUUGGCAUAGGCAUGGAUUACUCUCCGACCAGCAAAGCGGCUCUCAGAUGGGCAGCAGAAAAUCUGAUAGAUCCUGGAGAUAGGAUUAUCCUCGUCCAAGUUCAGCCACCCAAGGCUGAUCAUACCAGGAAGGAGCUUUUUGAAGACACUGGAUCACCAUUAGUUCCUCUGGAGGAAUUCAGGGAGAUCAAUUAUUCAAAGCAGUAUGGGCUGAGUCAUGAUCCUGAGGUUCUUGACAUUCUUGAUACAGUGUCCAACACCAAAGGGGCUAAGGUGGCGGCGAAGGUUUACUGGGGAGAUCCAAGGGAGAAGCUCUGUGAAGCUGUGGAUGAUCUCAAGCUUGAUUCUCUUGUAAUUGGAAGCAGGGGUUUAGGCCCUAUCAAAAGUGAUGUUGUGGAUGUGGCAGGGUGUUGCUUGGGAGUGUUAGUAACUACGAGGUGACAAAUGCUUCAUGCCCAGUUACUGUGGUGAAAGGGACUUCAUCAUCAUCAUCGUCAUCAUCAUCAUCAACCAAACCAACCAUUAAAUGAUUAUUUACCUAAUUGAUUAUGCUGUGGUUGUAUUCUUAUUUCAUGAUAUUUUAGGAGAAGAAAUGCUACUUGUUGCUUUGUACAUGAAUAGAAUGACCCAUUUUAUCAAUUAUUAAAUUGUGUCCUUUUGUCA